CAAGAAUUGGCAAGAAUUGUUCGCUUUAUGAAAAAAUGGCAAAAUGGAUGCAUUGCAUUUUCUCGCGUAAGCCUGUGCCACUCGUCGUAUCAACCUAGCGAAACGCAAUGCCUGUGCGUAUUAUCACAAUUAAUGACACAUAAUACCCUAAUUACUUUCGACAUCGAGUCACACGUGAUUGAGCAGUGAGCAGUGACGGAGUGACGCAAGUGAUAGACGUUUGCCAGCGCGUUUAUCCUCGCGUUGGGGAUGUCCUCUGAUACGUGAAAGUGAAACAAGUAGCCACAAUAUCGUUUACAAAUUCCAAUGAAUGCAGGAUUACACGAUAGAUGAGAAUGAUACUAAUUCAAUGAACAGCUAAGCGUUCGUCGUCCGACGUGAAAAAAAGGAGACAGAGGUUAGUGGAGGGACAAACCGAGGAAGAGAGAAAAAGAGAGAAAGAGGAAAAUUUUAAUGUUUUAUACAAUAUAAUAAUGACAUUGUAACACAUAAUAGGAUAUUUGGAAGAAACUCAAAGAGAUAUCGAGUGAAUAGAUAUUUAUCUCGACUACCCGAUCUAAUUUAAGAUAGCAUAAUGUUAACGUCCAUGCCUAUGGCACCGUCCACCUCUGCGAGCAGUUCUGGGCUACCAAGUCCAACUACUGAUACGUUUGACGACAUUUCGAACAAACUGACGGCGUACCUACAUCAACUAGCUGGAAAUUACGAGAUGGACAGUGAUGCGAUAUUCAAAGAUCAUUGCUAUGCUCGACCUUGGAACUGGAGACCAGAAAACAUUUAUGUAAAGCCUAUAAAAAAGCUGUUUUUCUCGAAGAACACUGUGAGUGAUAAGCACAGAAAGGAUGAGGAAAUCGACGUGGAAAACAUUGACAGCGAACCAUCGCCACUGCCUUUUGAUUUAACCAGAGUUCGACAUAUGAUGGACGAGUUUGAACGGUUAGCGAAUUUUGCGCGACCCGAGGAGGAGGACGAGGAGGAGGAUUGGGAGGAGAAGAUAGAGAAAACCUUGUGGUCUCCGAUUCAGAAUCGGAUAUUUACCAAAGUGACACGGAUAUUAAGUUCGGAGAGACUCGCAAGAUUAGCCAAGGCUAAGAGCGUAACGGAACCGAUCUUUCGAAGAACGUCGGUGGAUAUCGCAGCGAGGAGAUUUCGCGAAACGUUAGCCUCGACCGGAUGGGACUGGAGACUGGUUCAAUGGCUGCACAAUUUGCUGUUCGAGCGUCUCCCCCAGGAAUAUUUAGCCAUUUAUCUCGAUAUCUUACAGACCUUGCGACUGAAGAUCCCUCAGCUAAUCGAUAAGAUGAUCGCUGUGCAACCGAAUAUCAGCGCUAAGAACGGCUCCAUAACGUGGGAAACGCUCGGAUCACUCUUAAAACGAUCUUGGGAUCCAGUCGCGCAGAAUUUGAGCGGAAAUAGACCUAAAAAAUUGCCCGGAAAUCCGAUCUUAAUAGUAGUACCUUCCGGCAUCGCGUCGGCAUCCGUUUCGUCUCGUCAGCAUAAAUGGAUCACGCAGUUGGGAUUGUUAGGCAUGGUCGCUACCGUUCACACUCACAUGAGUUUGGCAGCCAACAGAAUGACUAUGAUGGUGUGCAUGGAUCAAUUGGUUCAGGCCACAAGAGCCAAGAUACAAGAUGUCAGAAGUGACUGUCCUGGUAGGCCGAUCAUACUCGUAGGUUUCAACGCUGGCGCAGCGCUUGCUUGUCAGGUGGCUCAGAUGGAACACAUAACUGCUGUUAUCUGCAUUGGAUUUCCUUUCACAACGGUCGAGGGAAAACGGGGCACGCCUGAUGAUAUGUUAAUGGACAUUCGCUGUCCCGUCAUGUUCGUUAUUGGGCAAAACGCCACCCUCGUUAGACCGGACGAUUUGGAGGAACUCCGUGAGAAAAUGCUGGUCGAGACAAGUCUGGUGGUCGUGGGCACGGCCGACGAUCAUCUCAGAAUAUCCACGACUAAAAAGGUGCUCGAGGGCAUCACGCAGAGCAUGGUGGACAGAUGCGUGUUGGACGAGAUUGGGGAUUUCAUCGGUAGCAUCCUAUUGCAACCGCAUCCAUUACCGCUGCGACCGACAAUGACGACUAACUGUGACAGCAAGAACAAAAAGGACUCUCACAAACGAAGGAACUCGACCAGCAGUUCCGUGGAAAGCGAACCUAAUUCACCGACCGUGAAGAAAUCUCGGCCGACCACGCCGGUAUCUUCCGCGCUAUCGGUUGGAACGAACGUGGCAUCGAGCUCGGCUCCUAAAAUCGGUGCAUUCAAUAUCCAAUCCAAUUUGACGCAAGUAAGUGGGCAACAUACAAAUCAUACUUCCACCGCGAAACGGAAGCGGCCCACGAACAAUCAGAGAAAUCAGUUCUCAGACCUGAAGACUCCUAGACUUGCUGGACAGACAAACAUUAAUUCAGAAAAUGGCAUAACGCUCAAUAUUGGCACACUAGCGAGUCUGGCGCCGAUAGGGCCGAUACGUUUAGCACCCACUGCAGUGAGUCAAUCGACGACCACUUCCUCCAAAACACCUAAUGUAUCCAAAUCCUCAGCUACGACCGUUAAAGUGCCACCGAAGAUCAUCUCGAAUGUGCCGUUGCAGAAUGUUUCAAAAAUGAAAACGAUAUCUUCUAAUAAGUCUUACUCGAAUAUGGUCGCGAACAGUUACAGACAGGUCAAUACUCCUGACAAAAGUGGAGACACGAAAUUGGUGAACGUUUUCACCACGCCCACGGGAAAUCAAAUUAGAGUUAAUGCAACUCCUACAGCGGGAAGUAGUAAGCCUACGGCGACAAGCGGCACUUUGUCGAAUCUUUUGCAAAGUGGAAAGAAUUCGAUUGCGCUUACGAGCGGUGCAUCCUCCACCCGUGCAUCAUCAGCUUCUAGUAUCCUACUAACGACCACCACGUCAUCAGCGAAUACCGUAACGUCGUCCGCAUCGACCCCUUCAAAAGCGAUGGAAGAGAUGGGAGGGAGCAGUGAUUCUCACUUAUUGGACGUAUCCAAGUCGGCGCACUUACCACGGCAAGGAGUCGUAUCCAAUAGUACCGAUAACUCUCAUAAUACAUCGUGCGGUAACAUAGUCAUUGUCGAGAAUUCCCUCCACACCAGAAGCGCGCCUUCGUCGGUGAUAGUCCCAUUUAGCGGUCAAAGCUCCAACUUUUUGCCGCUAUCCAACAAGCUGAAAAUCUCGCAAAAAUCGAUGAAGACGAUGCCGAAGAUCACGGUCAACGCCAACAACUUGCAGAGACUUCAAAAGGGGAAGCCUCAAAGUGUCCAGAAGAGAAACGUCGCAAACGAUAUAGACGACGAUCUGGGUAAUAUACUGGAUAUACCGAUAAUAUUCGCCAAGGACGACGACAAUUUGAGCAACAUAAACAAGAUGCCGGUGAUGACGCAAACGACGCUGGCUAAAGAGCCUCAGGAGAGACCGAAGUUGAACAAUACCACCAAGGUGGUUUUAAUCAGCAACAAACAAGACAAGCUGCAGUCAAAUAAACUCGGAGCGGCUUCCACGCAGGCCGUUAUAUGUCCUAAUAUGUCUGUGCAAAACUUGAAUCAGUUGAUACUGCAGACGCGGUCGCAGAACAGCGGCGUCUCGGCAAGGAGCAGGGUCGGAGUGCCGCUGGAAAAUCGGUUGGUACAGCCUACCGUGAAGUACACCAAGAUCAUACUGGCGAAAAGAAACUCGCAGACCGAGAGAGGCGAGCAGGUGGUUGCGACCAAGAAAAUCCCGGAAGAUAUAAACGCACCUAAAAUCCUGACCUUCGAGAAAAACGAGCAUAGAUUCGUGCAAGCGCAAUCUUCCACGGCAUCGACAAAUUAUGAUGAUCGUUGUGCGGAUAACAUGCUCGAGAUUGAAGACGCUAUUAAAACGAAUAUCAUUGAACGCAAAUACGUACCCGCGCCUGCAAUCGACGAGACAUCAUCCGUAACUCUCGAUGACUGCGAUAUUUUCAACGAGACCAAACUGAACGAGAUAGAACACGAUUCAGAACAAUCUGUUUUCGGCAAUGUUGGUGAAAUCCAAACGUAUAAUACAUAAGUAAUUGCUUUACGAGAUAAGGACG